AUGUCCGAAGACGAUAUUGAUGAAAUAGUUCUACCCGAAAUCGAUGGCAAUACUUGUGUCGUUUGUGGGAAAGGUGGAGCAAUCAAAUGUUAUGGGGCAAAGAUUUGCGGAAGUUGUAAAGCUUUCUUUCUUCGAAUUUCGACGAUCAAAGAAGCGGUACCGUGUUGUUCAGAUGCCGGGAAAUGUGUGACAAGAGAUUUCGUGCUCAGGGAUAACGAAAAAUGUCGAGCGUGCCGAUACAAGAAAUGCCUUGAAGUGGGCCUCAAUCCGGCGGUGACGGCUCGUCGAAAAGGCUGCACGCUUCGCGAGAAACGCUCAAAUGUCGGCUACGAUCGACGAGCCAAGGGAAAAGGGCUCAUUUCAAUCUGUGAUUCAAAUCAAUCUUUAGACGAGCAAAGUGUUCAUCGGAUAGAUACGCGUGAGACUCAAAUGAUUGCGUUAAUCAGCCCAUCACAUCAAAUUCUCAACUCAACCCAAUCAAGCUCUUCUGCGUCAAUCCAAAUGAUGGUCAAUUUAGAGAAAGUUUUCAUGAAUGAUGACUAUUCGGCGCCAAAUCGGCUCAACUUUGUCUAUGAUGUGAGCGGAAGUGUCACGGAAAUGUUGAGAAAUCCGACUGGCGUUUGCUCGAGAGUUCCGAUCGAUUUCGGUGGUGCGUUUCCUUUGAACGCUGGAAUGGACGAUUUGCGGCGAAUCCCAGUGAGAGUUCUGGCCCGUUUGAGUGUCCAUAUGAGCGACUGGUUGAGAAAUAUACCUGAGUUCUGGGAACUCUGCGAAAAUGAGAGAGUUCUACUCUUCUGCCAACGAUUUCUUUCCUAUGAGUAUUUGUUGAUGUAUUACUAUAGCUAUAAGAAAGGUUUCAAUGGAAUCUUUUUACCCUUUGGGACUUCGAUUUCUUCCGAGGAUUUAACGACAUAUCGAACGCUGAGUGUUGGUAGCAAAGUGAUGCUUAAAUGUGGUUUCAACACAAUCAUGCCAAGCAUGAAACGGGCAAAGCUGGGUGACGAAGAGUAUGUUCUGUUGAAGAACAUCUCGAUAUUUUCUUCAGCUCUCGGUUUUUCUGAUGCCGGUGCGGAUAUCAUUCGAAAAGCCUACACAAAAUAUAGUGGUCUUUUGUUUGAGCACUUGGAAAAGACUACUUCACCAAAAGGAGAAGUGAUCCGACGGUUCACCGAAAUCAUGGCAAUUCCUUCGUAUUUACAGAACGAGGCCUACAUGAUGAACCCGCAAUUCGGUGGGUACAUUCUGUGUGACGAGGGAGGAAUGGAAUGCACCCUGGCGAGAGAGAUUUUCAAUAAAUUU